AUGGAACCAGCGGCUGACGAGAACGCAGCCGAAAUGCUCCAUGUGUUCGAUUUCCCACAGCUGUACACCAAGCCCACCGCUCAAUCCCUCCUCAAUACCCUCACUCUCCUCACCUCCGCCCCUCCGUCCUGGGAAUGUAGCGACUCAGAAGAAGAAUAUGACAUGUCCGUAGGACUGAACAAACGACGGGCGAGCGCAGCGACGAAGCCGAGGCCCGUCCAAGUAAACCCAGAGGGACUGACGAGGUACCUAACAAGUAUCAUCGGCAACGAUCUAGCAUGGAUACAAGAUGACAACAUGAAGGAAGAGAUCUGGGAACAAGCUAGCCUGCGGUUGGGUGAGCGCUCUGGGAGAUCUGCUAUGCCGGCCAUGUCUCGCAAGUUCCGAAUUCUCAUGAAGUCAGGACGCGUGGAUAUUACGAUCCAUGAACCAGCUAUGACGGAGGAUAAUCUUGGCUUGAAGACAUGGGCUGCUUCGUAUAUGCUGUCUAAACGCCUUCAUACGAUCAAGCUGCCGCAAAGCAAAGAUAAAAGGCCACCCCGCAUGCUCGAACUUGGAUCAGGAACGGGCCUAGUCGGGAUCGCAGCUGCAGCAGUGUUCGGUUCCUCCGUGCUCCUCACUGACCUGGCUGAGAUUACGCCAAACCUGGCAAGAAACGUGGAGGACAAUCGCAUUGCCAUCGAGCAAUGUGGGGGUUCGCUGGAGUGUGCUGCUCUCGACUGGUCGGAGCCACUCACGUGCCAGUCCUAUCCAGGUGUUCUGGGCCAAGUUGACGAUGCGAGUAAUACUACUCAGAAUGGGUCGCCUCCCAAGUAUCCUGUCAUGCUCGCAGCAGACUCACUCUACUCACCGGAGCACCCUAGAUUGCUAGUACAGACAAUUGAUACAUGGCUUUCGCCUGAGAGUACUGCCAGAGUAAUCGUCGAAUUCCCAUUUCGAGACGCUUAUAUUCCAGAAUUGAGCGACUUCAAGAAACGUAUGACCAGCAUAGGCCUAUGCAUUAUAGAAGAAGGUGAGGAAAGCGGCUACGACGACUGGGCUUCGGAAGGCCGAGUGUUCCGAAUGUCAUCUGAGGUCACACUGAACCCAUCUUUCAUCCUCCACUCCCAGGGCAAAGUCACCUUCGAAGACCGUCCCAUCCCAGAUCUCAAAUCCUUCUACGACGUCCUCGUCAAGCCCCAAUGGACCGGCAUCUGCGGUAGUGAUGUCCACUACUGGGUCCACGGCCGCAUCGGCCACUUCAUCGUCAACACGCCCAUGGUGCUCGGCCACGAAUCCGCCGGCACCGUCUCCGCCAUCGGGGCCCACGUCACGUCCUUGAAAGUGGGCGACCGCGUCGCCAUGGAGCCCGGCGUGCCGUGCCGCCGCUGCGUGCGCUGCAAGGACGGCAAGUACAACCUGUGCCCGGACAUGGCCUUCGCCGCGACACCCCCCUACGACGGCACGCUCGCGCGCUACUACGUCCUGCCCGAGGACUACUGCUACAAGCUGCCGGCGGGCAUGAGCAUGGAGGAGGGUGCGCUGAUCGAGCCGACGGCUGUCGCCGUGCACAUCUGCAAGCAGGGCGGCGUCAAGCCAGGCGAUAGCUUGGUCGUGUUUGGCGCGGGCCCCGUGGGCUUGCUGUGCGCGGCCGUGGGGCGCAGCUUCGGCGCGAAGAAGGUGGUGAGUGUGGAUGUGAAUGAGGAGAGGCUGAAGUUCGCGAAGGGGUAUGCGGCGACGGAUGUGUGGCGGAGCAAGGCCGGGGAGACGGUGGAGGAGGGCGCGAAGCGGCUGGUCGAGGAGUGUGGGUUGGGGGCGGGCGCGGACGUGAUUAUCGAUGCGAGUGGCGCCGAGCCGUGUAUUCAGAUGAGCGUGCAUGCGUGUAGGAUUGGCGGGACGUAUGUGCAGGGUGGCAUGGGCAAGCCGGAUAUCCAGUGGCCGAUCAUGGCGAUGUGCACGAAGGAGCUUAAUGUUAAGGGCAGCUUCAGGUACGGUAGUGGGGACUACCAGCUCGCGGUCGACUUGGUGGCGUCGGGGAAGGUGAGCGUGAAGGAGUUGAUCACGGGGAAGGUCAAGUUCGAGGAUGCCGAGGAGGCGUUUAAAGACGUGAAGGCUGGGAAGGGAAUCAAGAUCUUGAUUGAAGGGCCGAAGUAA